AUGCUGGAACGUCCCACCGGGACCAGGCGAACAGGCGCCCGUGCAUCUAAGGACCUCGACACCUCCAAGAAGGCCACGCUCUUUAUUGACGAUUUAAAAAACUCCCUUCGGAAGCUAGUCGACAGCCUCUGGCGUCUCUUCCGCCGGCAUGAUCAGGUUCGUCUCAACAUGGCGUUUGCUAUUUCGGCCUCAAGAAUAGUCCAGUCAGCUUCGACUCCCCUGUUCAUUCUCGUGUGCUUUGGGCUCUUCUUGACAGGAAUCUUGGUGUAUUACGCUCUAGCGAGCAGACGGCCAAAGAAUUUUCCUCCUGGACCUCCUACUUUACCCAUUCUCGGGAAUCUGCAUAUUUUCCCUAAAACCAAAGCGUUCCUCAAGUUCCAUGAAUGGGGAAAGAAAUACGGUUCCCUUAUUGGACUCAAGCUGGGUCCUCAGAAUGUAGUGAUCCUCAAUGACUACAGGCACGUUCAAGAACUCUUUGACAAACGGGGCGCAAAAUACUCUGACCGGCCAGCGAACCACAUCGCGAAUGAUUUAAUUUACCAGAACAAAACACACAUUUUGUUUUUGCCGUAUGGCGAUGACUGGAGAAUUUUGCGAAAGACUCUCCAAGGUUUGCUCAAUGUGGUGGCAGUAGACAAUCUGUUACCGAUCCAAAAUGCAGAAGCCACUCAGACCAUGUAUCAGUUACUCAAGGAACCCGAGGGAUGGUACGAUCAUAUUCGACGGUACUCCACCGCCGUCAUCCUGGCCUCUGUCUUUGGUCUUCGUGGUACCAGCUUCGACUCACCACGGGUCAAGGCCUUAUACCACGUUCAGGAUCAAUUAACACAGAUUGCCGAGAUUGGUGCCACUCCGCCAGUCGACGUUUUUCCCUGGUUGAAGUCCCUGCCGAACUUUCUUUCGGGUUGGCGGAAAUGGGCUCUCUCCAUCCGAGCCGAACACCGAGCUUUUUAUUUCGGCCUGAUGAGAGACAGCAAGAAACAAAUGCAAAAGAAAGGGGUCAAGGAAUGCUUCUUGGCUAGGAUGAUCAAGGACCAAGAGAAAAGUGGUCUCAGUGACGAGCACAUCGCCUACUUGGGUGGUACACUAAUGGAAGCUGGCUCCGACACAACCGCUUCCACACUUCUGUCAUUCCUUUUGGCCAUGGUCAAAUACCCCGAAGCACUCAAAAAGUGCCAAGAAGAGGUCGACGCACUAUGUGGCACAAACAGAUCGCCGACCAUCCACGACUUCGAAAGGCUCCCUUACCUGAGAGCUACCAUGAAUGAGACUCUCCGCUGGCGCCCGGUAGCAGCCGGUGGUAUUCCACAUGCUCUUACCGAAGACGAUUACUAUGAAGGUUACUUCUUACCCAAAGGAACCAUUCUCUUCGCCAACACAUGGGCCAUCCACCGCACCAAGGAAUUCAACGACGCGGAAGCGUUUAUGCCGGAGCGAUUUUUGCAAAACAAAUUUGGCAUUGCUUCCACCGAUGCCGAAGCCAAUGACGAGUCGAAGCGGCGUGUACAGUAUGGUUUUGGCGCGGGUAGGCGGGUAUGUUCCGGACAAAGACUGGCGGAAAACUCCCUGAUCGUCAAUAUGGCCAAGCUCGUUUGGGCUUUCGACAUCGCCCCAGGCCCAGGAACAAUCGGCGAUAGCGUAGACGUGAACUAUACGGGAGGCUUUCUAGUGGCCCCCAAAAAGUUCCCCUUGCACUUGAAGCCUAGAUCGCAACCACAUAUUGAUAUUAUUGAGAUGGAAUACGUGGGAGCAGAUGAAUAUCUCCACCAAUUCGAAGACUGA